AUCGCUCUUUCGAACUCUCCCAUUGACUGGUCGCGUUUCAUGGCGGCCUUUGCGAUUUUGUGGUCGCUCGUGGUGUCCCAGGAGGCCUGCGCGGCAGAGCAGUGUGGUUUCAAGGGUGGGUCCAACUGUGUCUCGAAAGAUGUGGCCUCCAUGGUCCAACUCAAUGUUGGCCAGUCCUCCAGCAUCAACGCGAUGGCCCUAAAGAAUGGCGACUUUUACUUGGCAGCAGCAGGCAUAAGCUGCGAUCAGCACUGCGAUGACAACAGCCUGGGCACCUGUAAUGCGGCAAUGACCAACAGUGCCACUGCACAAGACAUGCAAACCCUGUCUCCUGGGUGCAUCGUUAAUUUUGGUUUGACUGGAAAGGACUUUCCUCUCCUCAGAGUCACAGACAACUUCUGCUUCAAAAACGCCGCAACUCCAACAAACCAGCCGUCCAGACAAACUACGUGCGAUGCAGAACCAGGGUUAGAAACCCUACAACGAUUCUGCUACUGCGAGGCUGGUGGUGUUGCUGGUGAUCCCCAUAUCCACAGUUUGCGGGGAGCCCAUUACACCUUGCUGCAGCAAGGCUUUUUCGUCGCCUGGAACUUCUCCAAGGCUGUGCCAGCAUCAACUGUGCCAAGUGCAGCUCCAGCUCGUGGGUGGCAGCUCCUUGCGGCCUAUGCAGGCCAUCGCUUCACCACGCAAGGCCUGCUGCUUUUGGAUCCCCACUCCGGGCAGUCCAUGGAAAUCACAGCAGAAGACUGCUCUUGGCGCAUCAAGGAGAAGCAAACCCCAUGGCGCAAGGCGCAGGUGGAGUUGCUAUCGGCAGAAGACGGGACGACCAGCCUCCAAGUGAAGAGGCUGCACGAGAAACUGGGCGAAACCAAGAUCUUGAGGUCUGCAAUCCUGUUGCAGAUGGGGUCAGGGUCCGACAUGAAGAACAUCUCAACCCUUGUGGUCCAUUGCAGGCCAAAGCAUCACCUGGACUUCAAGAUGAGCAUGUUCCAGAAGAGCGACAUCGACCAUGUUGGUGGUGAACUUGGAGUGGCUCCAGACGUAGACCACAACUACCACUUGUUCAGCAAACAGGGCAUGAUGCGAAUGAGAGCAGACCAAGAGUUUAAUUUAAGGCACCUGGAUCGUGGGUGACCUUGGGUGGCAGCCCAGCUGGGGCCGCAUACUUGGAGAAGAAACACCAAACAGGGACAAUUAUGGUGCAGUCGCAGGGUUGCAGUGAUGCUCAGGAGGACGAUGCCAGAGCCAUUUGUUCGAAGCACCUCCAGCAAACGACUCACCCGGAGACGUUUGCUGAUUGUGUCUACGACUUAUGCCAUGGAGGUGAUGAAUCUUUCGCACAAAGUGCGGCAGCAUUCCUUUCGGAAUCCAGCGCCUGAUAAGAUUGUACCCAGGACAAACAGUCUGUGCUGAUGC